GCGAGCGCCUGCUGAUCACCCUUCGCUUGAUCGUUUGCCUGCGUUCCGAACCCGGAACCUGGCCAUUUCCUACAUCUGACCUGCAUUCUUCCAUGCCUGUGUUCAUGUCCGUCAUCUCAAUAGUCCUUCCUACCCCCUAAAACAUCCCUCACAAUCUCCCUCAUCGUCAUGAAGAAGUACUGAACCACUGUCGGACAGAUCCGGCCGACUCAAGAGACGCAAUGUUUACCGGUUACAACACCAAGAAGCGCGUCAACGAGCGAUACAAAAUCAUCGGAUUUAUCUCGAGUGGUACCUAUGGCAGGGUUUACAAGGCCGAGAGUCGCAAUGCGAACCCACCUAACUCGAAGCUCUUUGCUAUCAAGAAGUUCAAGCCAGACAAAGAAGGAGAGCUGCAGUAUUCCGGGAUUAGUCAGUCCGCGAUAAGAGAGAUGGCGUUGUGCACUGAGCUUGCACACCCCAACGUUGUCCACACCGUCGAGAUUAUCCUCGAAGAGAAGUGUAUUUUUAUUGUCUUCGAGUACGCGGAGCACGACCUGUUGCAAAUCAUCCAUCAUCACAAUACGGGUGGUCAAGGCGGACGACAAGCUAUCCCUGCCAGGACGAUCAAGAGCAUCUUGUGGCAAUUAUUACAGGGACUGGUGUAUCUGCACAGGAACUGGGUCAUGCACCGCGACCUGAAGCCCGCCAACAUAAUGGUCACCUCGGCUGGUAAGGUAAAAAUUGGAGACUUGGGAUUAGCGCGCCUUUUCUACAAGCCCCUGCAGUCUCUUUUCUCUGGAGACAAAGUCGUCGUCACGAUAUGGUAUCGUGCUCCAGAACUCCUUCUGGGUAGUCGCCACUACACACCUGCAGUUGAUCUUUGGGCUGUGGGUUGUAUCUUUGCCGAACUGUUAUCUUUGCGGCCGAUCUUCAAGGGCGAAGAAGCCAAGAUGGAUGGGAAAAAGACGGUACCUUUCCAACGCAACCAGAUGCAAAAAAUCGUUGAGAUUGUGGGAAUGCCGUCAAAGGAGCGCUGGCCACUUCUUACCUCGAUGCCCGAAUUUCCACAACUGUCUUCCCUAGCAGCCGGCAACGCACGUUUUCAUCGACCCCAAGGUUUAGAGAACUGGUAUCAGGGUUGUCUCAAGAACAAUCUGUAUCCCCCUGGGUCUGGGCCGGACACCCCAGGCCCUGAAGGUUUUGAUCUCUUGCAACAGUUGCUGGAAUAUGACCCGCAGAAAAGGCUGACUGCAGAAAAUGCGCUGCAGCAUCCUUACUUCACGAGCCAUGGCAACCCAAGUGAGAACUGUUUCGAGGAAAGCAAGAUCAAAUACCCAGUGCGGAGAGUCAGUCAAGAGGAUAAUGACAUCAGGACAGGGAGCCUGCCAGGCACGAAGAGGAGUGGGCUACCGGAUGAUUCGCUGAUUGGGAGGCCCGCCAAGAGGCUGAAGGAAGGCUAAAGAACGUGCACGAUACCAGAGCGCUCGACGUACCGUUUGAGCGCGCUAUGCCCAAGCAAUGCCACGCACCUCUCACAGCAGGUCACAGCCAUCCAUUGGCCAGAGCCACGUGAUGGCUAAGUUAACGACCCAAGCGCCACUUACUCCUUGUACAAUGAAACAACAUCACUUUCACCGUCGGCCACCGGCUUCUAUCCGAACACGCUUCUUAUUGGCAGUCACACAACCUAGAUGAGGCGACGUUGCCCCA